AUGUCAUUCUCAGUUUUCUCAGACUCUCGCCAACCUGAGGUCCACGCGAGCACACUCGUUCUUACAGAACAGAGUCUGCUUUGUGCCUGGUUUGGUGGUACGAAGGAGGGGCAUUCGGACACCAGAAUAUGGAUAUCCAGACUUGACCUUUCAAUUCCCGAUGCUGCCUGGACAAAGUCAUAUCCAGUGGCAUCUGAGGAGGGAAUCGCGCAUUGGAAUCCGGUGUUUUUGAAAGACCCAAGCUCUGGGGGAAUUCUUUUGUUUUAUAAAUACACAAAAAUCAUCGAGUCAAACGACAAUGGAAACACUUGGAGCGAGCCGCGCGAACUCGUCUCUGGUGACCGUGGUGGUCGAGGCCCUGUGAAAAAUAAGCCGGUUGUCCUGUCAGAUGGGACGAUAAUUGCACCAGCAUCACUGGAAACCCCAGAUGGCAACUGGAACUGCUUUACGGAUAGCUCUCAUGACCAGGGCAAAACGUGGACUAGAUCCGCAUUCGCGCAAAUUGAUAGAGCUACCUGGCCUGGCGAGGGCGCGAUUCAACCAAGUUUAAUUAACUCUGCGCCUGGGAAGCUAACAAUGUUAUCGAGAAGCUCUGCUGGCUAUGUCGCAAGAUCUGACUCGGAAGACAAUGGAAAGAAUUGGGGAAAGAUGUAUCUAACCUCACUGUUUAAUAACAAUAGUGGGUUGGAUGCUUUGCGCCAAGAAAAUGGGAUUUGGCUAGUUGUGCACAAUCCAGUCCAACAGAGAUGGGGCCCCCGGACACCUUUGGUGAUUUCAAGUUCAUCAGACGAGGGAAAAACAUGGAGAACCGUCUUAACACUGGAAGCAAAACCACCACCCGCCGGUUUCUCAGAAAUUGUGGCACUUGACACUGGAAUCGUAAACGACGGAGAGAGUGAAUUCAGUUAUCCCUCUAUCAUCAGUGACAGCAAAGGUGGUGUUUAUAUCAGUUAUACAUACGAACGACGAGGUAUCAAAGUUGUUCAUGUAAGAGCUACUCAACUGAGUUAG